GCUCCCGCCGCUGCUCACCAGGCAGAGCGAGCGGGCUUGGCUGGGGCUUCCCGCCCUGAGGGCGACACCGACCGCUCCGGACCGCCCCUCCAAGCAGGCUGAAGGGCUUCCGCUCUUGGCUUCCAGAAAAGUUUGGAGAAAGUGAAUUUGAGGUGGAUUGGAGGGUGGUAGCCCCUCCCCAGCCUUCUUUCCCUCCCAGAAGCCUCAUUCUGCACAGCCUUCCCCAUUCUUCCCGUCCUGAUUCCCCAUCUUCCUGACCCCUCCUUCUCCCUCUCCUGGGUCCCCUCUCCUCACUGGGAUCAGCGAUCCCAGUCGCAUUUUCUCCUUCCGAAUCUCAUCCUCCCUCCUCCUCUCUAUCCCUGUCCACUGAACGAUUUCCACCUGUUUGCAAGCCGUCUCUCUGUCUUUCUCACGCUUCUCCUUUCUCUCCACCUUCAGGCUUCUCCUUUCUCUCCACCUCCCUUGCCACUCCAUUUUAUUCAUCAAACCUCUCCACUUGCAUCCACACCCUCUCUCCAUCCUUCCCUCCCAGCAAACCUUGCUCAUGGAUUCUGGGCCUCUGUGGGAUGCCAACCCCACCCCCCGGGGCACCCUCUCUGCCCCCAAUGCCACAACACCCUGGCUGGGCCGGGAUGAGGAGCUGGCCAAGGUGGAGAUCGGAGUCCUGGCCACUGUCCUGGUGCUGGCCACUGGGGGCAACCUGGCUGUGCUGCUGACCCUGGGCCAGCUGGGCCGCAAGCGCUCCCGCAUGCACCUGUUCGUGCUGCACCUAGCCCUGACAGACUUGGCUGUGGCGCUCUUCCAGGUGCUGCCCCAGCUGCUGUGGGACAUCACCUACCGCUUCCAGGGUCCCGACCUCCUGUGCAAAGCUGUCAAGUACCUGCAGGUGCUCAGCAUGUUCGCCUCCACCUACAUGCUGCUGGCCAUGACGCUGGACCGCUACCUGGCUGUCUGUCACCCCCUGCGCAGCCUCCAGCAGCCCGGCCAGUCCACCUACCUGCUCAUCGCUGCUCCCUGGCUGCUGGCGUCCAUCUUCAGCCUCCCUCAAGUCUUCAUUUUUUCCCUGCGGGAGGUGAUCCAGGGCUCAGGGGUGCUGGACUGCUGGGCAGACUUCCGCUUCCCUUGGGGGCCACGGACCUACCUCACCUGGACCACCCUGGCUAUCUUCGUCCUGCCGGUGACCAUGCUCACUGCCUGCUACAGCCUCAUCUGCCAUGAGAUCUGUAAAAACCUAAAAGUCAAGACACAGGCCUGGCGGGUGGGAGGAGGGGGCUGGAGGACUUGGCACAGGCCCUCACCUUCCACCUCAGUUGCCACCACUCGGGGGCUGCCAUCUCGGGUCAGCAGCAUCAACACCAUCUCACGGGCCAAGAUCCGAACAGUGAAGAUGACCUUUGUCAUCGUGCUGGCCUACAUCGCUUGCUGGGCUCCCUUCUUCUGUGUCCAGAUGUGGUCCGUGUGGGAUGAGAAUGCCCCUGAUGAAGAUUCCACCAAUGUGGCUUUCACCAUCUCUAUGCUUUUGGGCAACCUCAACAGCUGCUGCAACCCCUGGAUCUACAUGGGCUUCAACAGCCACCUGUUACCGCGGCCCCUGCGUCACCUUGCCUGCUGUGGGGGUCCCCAGCCCAAGAUGCGCCGGCGGCUCUCUGACGGCAGCCUCUCGAGCCGCCACACCACGCUGCUGACCCGCUCCAGCUGCCCGGCCACCCUCAGCCUCAGCCUCAGCCUAACCCUCAGUGGGAGGCCCAGGCCUGAAGAGUCACCAAGGGACUUGGAGCUGGAAGAUGGGGAAGGCACCGCUGAGACCAUCAUCUUUUAAGAAAGACUUGCUGGGGUCUGGUACUGCCCCCAGGACUAGUGGAGGUUCUCUGCCCACCGAGGGCACUCGACAUGAGAGCGGGGAGGGUAAGGGUUGGAGUUAGAGGAGCCCUGUCUGAAGCGGAGUGAAAAGGCCAGAAUGGACCCCCUACCCUGGUGUUACAGUUGCCCCUAGUGUGAGGGCUGCCUCACGAGCUCCCAAUCUCAGACACUGACAGUCAGGGAGAAUCAAACUCCCUGUCUCCCUGGUGCUGCCAUAUUCAAAGGGUGUCCAUGCACACAUGGUGUCCCAGAUCUAGGCAGGCCUAGGAUGGUGCUGUCUAGGGGUCCACAGGUGGCAGGAAUUCAGAGGCUGGCCUUGUGCCCUGGCUACCUCUCUCCAUUCUAACCCGACUGACACAUCUCAGCCUACCCAGGAGAGGGGAGAAGUGAAAAACUGUGAGGAGGACUCUAUUUGGAUCUUGGAUUUUUUUUUUUUUUUUUUUUUUUUUUUUGGUAGAGAGAAAAUUGUUCCAUGAAGGAAAGUGAAUGGGUAUGUAGGGCUUACCCUGCUGUGCCCAGCUGUCUGUUGAAGGGAGGUGGUCUCGUGGAGAUGCAGGAUUCAGUACAGUACCUGGUACUUAGCAGGAACUCUGCAAAUGCCAGUUCCUCUUUCCUCAUGCCACCCCCCAUGACAGCAUGGAUGACAGGGGAAAGUGUUGUAUAUUCUCUGUGGUCUGGUCCACUGUGAGUGUGGGUGGGAAGAAAGAGGGAGGGAAGGAGAAGAUGAAAAUGGUCAUCAUAAAAUUAACAGCAAGAAUAAGCCUCAAGGGCAGCGGGGACUUGUGGCCCUCCCUCCUUUCCCCAACCCACCCCCCAGGAUAUCCAGCCUGUUCUUUCCCCGGGGGCUAUAUAGAGGAGACCUCCUUUGAGAAAAGGUGACAUCGUCAUGGCUCUGGACACCCUCCAGGCUCUUCAGAGCUUCCACCAUGAACCAUAUGGAUGCUGUGAUCCAGUUAGGAGCCCGGGUUUGAAUCUCAGCUCUGCCUUCAGUAUCUGUGUGACCUUGGGUGAGUCACUGUCCCUUUCCAGGACCCAGUCUCCUCACCUGUAUAAUAGGUGAGAUGAUUUCGAAGCUCCAACCUUCCAUGACUCUGCAAUACUGGAAACGGUGUUACAGAGAAACACAAAGGAUAUUGUAACCAACAGGGUCUAGAAGAGUGGUUGGAUUUUUAUGACAAUGACAUUGAUACACUCUUUGACUCAAUUCUGGUGAUGGUGGGUCCCACCAUGGCCAUACUGUCCACUUUUGUCCUCAUCUGGGAUGCUGAAUCCUCCUCCAAGGCUGGGAGAGGCUGCAGGCCAAGGUAGACCGAGGUAGAGGAAGAGCAUGGCACAUGCUCAUUAUCUCCAGGGGACUUUUAUCAUGGCGUAGCUUCCCCACCCCAAUUCUGAUUUCAAUUGAAGAGAGAGCCUUGCUGGUGGAAAAGACAUCAGCUGAAACAUCAGGAGAGCUGCAUCCUGGUUCUGCCACCACCAAUGACACACAACAAUAAAAUGCUGGCCAGUCCUUGCUAGCUUAGUUCUGAGAAUCAAAUAGGACUGUGGAUAUAAAAGUCAUUUGUAAAGUCAUGAGCUCUAUACUAAUGUAAGGAAUUACUAAUCUAAUUAAGAGCUCCUGAGGGAAGCUCUAGGGAACACUUUCAGUCUCUACCCCUGACUCCCAGGGAAGCUUUGAGGAAUGACUGUGGCUUUGCGGAUAUACUUCUUUAAGAGGCCACUCAGCUCUAAGAAGCCUCCUGAGGCUUUCUAAAAAGAAAAGAGCCUUGCUGAAUGUUGUGAGUGAGCAAAGUGUCCCAGUCCUUCAGUGCUAGAGAAUCGGAGAGUGAGAGCCUAAUGGGACCAAGGCUCAGGCAGAUGGGAGGACCCACAGUCUCCCUUUUACUGAGUUCUGUUGCCCAUGUCAGCCCCUGACAUCCAAUACUUCUUCCCUGUUUAUCUGCCCUGGUGAAGUGGGCUUAGAAGCCUCCCAUGCCAGCCAGAGCUGUUGAAUCUGCUCCUUCCCCUGCUUACAUAAGCGGCCUCCCCACCCCCUUGCCCCAUCUUUAGACCACAGUUUCUGACCCUAAUGCCUAGAGUUGGUAAAUCUUUGUUCUUCAUGAUGACUGGGAAGUAGAAGGAACACCAGCUGUGUGCCCCAAAGACCUGGGUUUGCAUCUUGAUCUCACCCCUUUUCUACCUGUAUCAACUUCAGCAAGUUAUCCAAUGUCCCUGAGCAAUGCUUUCUUCAUUUAUUAAAUAGAAAUAGCAAUGCCCACUUUGUUGGGAGGGAUUUGUAAGACUGUAGACUAGAGAUAGAGCACUCAACAGAUGUUAGAGAGGGGAACAGUGGCCUGGCUCCAGAUUGCAUCUGGUAGAUGACCUCCAGGUUCCUGACCCAGGAGAGUCUACAGUUCAGAGAGGAAAAGAGGAGACAGACCUGGGAUUUAGGCUGACUAAAGCACUUUUCUUGUCUACCCUUUGCCUUCUAUAGAUCCCCUCUUACCACUAUGGUAUUUUCUGUUUUGCAUUGCACAAGAAUAAUUUACUUGGGGUGGUGGCUUUGGAGCCCUCCUUUUUCCUCCCAUGGAAAGGCUACACUUGAUCUUUUCCAGAAAGCUGGUUCUGUCCUGUGAUAUGGCCAGUGGGGAGCGACUGCACACUGGCUGAGGGCCUCGGGAACCCAUUCCAGAAAGCUCCUGAAGGAAACAGUGGAUCUCAUCGGAUUUAUGAGUGAAAGUUCUGCAGGACCUGUAGGAGGCUUGCCUGGACAGUCUGAGCCUUGGAUAGGAUUCAAGGAGGAGGGGCCCUGUUUCUGGAAGCAAGAAGGAGGCUCUGUGCUCUCUGGGGUGAAUCCCAUUUCUGACGGCUAACCCCAGGAGAAACUGAACAAUGCUGUCUCUGGCUGGGCACUUGUGUAAAUUGCUUAUGCCAUCCUGUGACUGUGAAUGACAGUACUUUAGUCCCUUAAAACCUAUGUGCAAGCAGGACAUGAGGGGCAGACGGGACAGAGGAGGGCAGGAGGGGUUCAUCAGCUGACUAUGGGGAUUUCUCAGAAUCGUUUCUUAUGUUGUUUGGUACAGGCCAGUACUUUCCCAGAUAAUGUGUCUGUGUUUUGUAUGUAAAUAGAUCUUUUAUCUACUACAGGGCUAUAGAUUCAGCGCAGGCUGUAGCAGUUCAUUCCUAGGUCAGAAACCCAGGUUGAAAUUCACCAAUAAAAAGAUUUAAUAUCCAGGAAA